UUACACUGCACAGUCAUAUUUGGUCCUCCGGAAAUAUCCACAGCACGGCCUAGAAAUAUAAAUGGGUAUGCCCCAAAAUGGAUUCUCAGCUGGCUUCAGUCCUGACCAGUGGCAGCCUGGAUGUCCAAAAUGGCAGCCAGUGUGCAGAAGGAUCAGGGCCAGUGACAGAGGUUUUUUUGGACCACAAGGAAAACACCUCACCCUGUUCUGUACCAGGUAACCUCCAGCCAUGCCCUGUCACAGCAGCACUGACCAUCAGGACAGAAGCUCCAUCAAUCAAUGGGAAAAAGCUAGAGGUGGGCGGAACUUCUAAGCCAGCCUUUCAGGAAACAAGAAGCAAGAUUGCUGGGUUGAGACAGCCUAUUACAGUCAAGACUGGAGUGCCUGUAGUGUGCAGCCAGCCAAUCAGACUCAAAAUUGUUGUCCCCACACAGUGCAAGAAGCCAAUCACAAACUCUGCCAUCAGCCAGACCAAAAACUUUGCUAGCUCACAUUUUAUAAGACCUGUUCCUGUCUCAGCUGAAGAAUUAAGAGACAAAAUAUCUGCUGAUAAGAAUGAAGAAGAAAUCCAGGAAGUUUCUCAUCAAAACAAUGAGGAUGCUAAACCACAAUCAUUCCACGAGACAGAAGAGAAAACCUGCAAAAAGAAAGAAGUUUUGAGUGGUGAAGUCACACAAAACCAUAACCCAGAGACUCAUAUGAUCCCCUGCACUAAUAUGGAAAAAAUACUCACCCAGAAAAGGAUUAAAGAGGAAAAUACGGAGCAAAAAAUUGAGAAUAUUCCUCUAAUUUUGCAAGCAAUUGAUUUAAAGUCAUGUGAGACUUUGGAUUGUGGAAUGGAAGAACAGACAGAACCACUGGAUCUUAGUUUGCCCAAGAAAAGAGACAGGAGGUGUGGACUCUUACUGGAUGAUUCAGGCUGCGAGAGCUCGCUGAUCAUGGAGGUGGAUGAAUAUGAGGGAGAAGGAGACAGAGAUGUAGUUGAAGAGGACGACGAGGGUCGAGGAGAGAACACUGUGCAACAUAUGGAUGGGAGAGAUACCCUAGGGGACUCUCUUCUGUCUCCCUCUUUCUUUUCUAACUCUUUCUUUGACUCCUCUUCAGUGGACUGUGACACUGAAGAUCUUCUUCUCAUAGACGACCAGGGAAUCCCGUACACUCUCGGUCUGGAUGGACUUAAAGUGCAGCAGGUCGGCGCUUCCACGUCAGAGGAUCCUCAGUCUUAUCUGGCUAAUUUAGCAGAGGAGGAAGAAACAGAGUGGUCUCAAUUAGCAGAUCCUAGCAUCAGCCAAAGUUUGGAUAAAGUACUAAAUGAAACUUCAGGUGAUCUGUCCCCCUCAUCAGCCCCUGAUACAGACUCUCUGUCGCUACCUAUAGAUCAGACAAUGACAAAGAACGAAGCCUUCGCAAGUUUGAUUACUAAAUCAGACCCGUCUGGACCUGCAGAACUGAGCGUUAAACCUGUUCAGGACUCUAGUUUUGUUGAGUCAGCUUCCACUGGGAUAUCACUCCCGACCCAGCCCAUUCAGAUCCUCACAAGCCCUUCUACAAACACUCCUAUUUUCUUCCUGUCAGCCACUUCCUCCCCUCAGCUCUCUUCUGCUCCUGGGGGUCUAUCGCUUCCUCUCUCAGCCACACAGACCUCCCCAGGUGCUUCCACCUCCAUGUUCAUUCUCUUAUCAUCUGUACCCAAUACAUCCUCUGGUGACUCCGCCUCUACCUCCACCCCGAUUGCCGUUCUCGACCCCGCCACAGGUCAGUUGUCACAAAUCACGGCAGCCUCGGCUCCUGCGGUCUCCCUCCCUUUGCCCUGUGGUCAGCUGGGAUCACCUUUGCCCACGCUGUCCCACCCCAUCAUCAGACUGAGCCCCAAUAACCCCCCUGUCAUCCUGUCAGGGGUAAAUAAUGUCAACGCUGGCUCUGUUCUCGCCUCUCUUAGCAUGCAAUCGUCCUCUCCUGCUCCUCAGAAUGACCUCCACCGCACAACUCCCCUUCUUCAUACUCAAAUCAGCUCUUCCGAAUCAAUCCCAGGAAGUGAAGCCAUAUCUGCUGAAGAAAUCUCUAAUGAAAACAACAAGCCAUCAACUUCAGAAUCCUCUGCUAGUACAACCGUGGAAAGCUUAGCUCAGCCAAGCUCAGAGGCUCAGUCACCUGCCUCGGAACCCAAAUAUGAUUCGCCAGACCUGCACUCACAACACUUACCUCUGGACGACCAUCUUUACUUCUCAAACGCCGCCGCUCCUCCUUCCCCUCCCUUUGGAUCUAUCCUCUCAUCCGCCCAGGAUCCCCUGGACCCGCUGGAUCCCCUCUCUUCAGAAGAGUCCUCCAACAACACCCGUAGGGUUCUGUACUGCCAGCUGUGCCCGCGUGUCUUCUUUUACCUCUCUGACCUUGAGCGACACGCCAUCACUCACUCACAGAAGAAGCCUCACGUCUGUCAGCAGUGCGGGAAAGCCUUCAAACGAUCUAGCCAUCUGCAGAGACACAAGCACAUCCACACAGGCCAGAGAAACUUUGUGUGCCCCAUCUGCUCCAAACGCUUCAGGGAAGCUGGUGAGCUGCAGCGCCACCAAAGGGUGCACACCGGAGAGAAACCGUACCAGUGCCAACUUUGCCACACCCGCUUUGCUGAGCGCAACACACUACGCAGACACACUAAGCGCAAACACCCUUACCACCAAGUAGCCAUGGAGAUGCUGAACGAAAGGAGAGCAGGCGGCCGAGGAGAGGGGGGAGGAGGUGAAGGAUCCAGGGUGCAGGAGGAAGAGGAGAGUGCUGAGUGGUACAGCUCCACUGUGUCAAACCUGGAAAACUCAGAGUCUGAGUUGGAAACUUAGAGAGCUGUCUGCACAGAGUCCAAAGUGUAGGAAGGAGAUCAGCAGGGUGAUCAAGUGUUAAACACUAAACUUUCCUCAUUAAUUCAAAGUCAAGGAAGGGAGCACAUGCAAUAUGUUUCAAUGUUUAUAAAAUAAUUUAUUUAUGAAUGUAUAGUAUUCCCAUUCCAUUUAAUGGUCCAAAUAUUCAGCCUUUUCAGUCCUUCUGAUGCUAAUUUGAGUGUUUAUGUUUUGGGUAAAAUUGCAUAAUUUAAAGGGAAAUCUCCUGCUUGUAAUAAUUAUUUUAGUUUGAGUUCGAAAUGCUUAUUUUGAUCGCAAGCAAGAGGUGCAUUCCUAUACAAUCCAUAAUGAAAAAACCCUCAAGUGCUCAGAAAAGAAAGAUAACUGAUUUACUGUAAACAAUUCUCUGCUCUAGCUGUAAAUAUAUAUAUAGAGAGAACUGUUUUUAUUAGCUGCACUCCUGCACUAUAUGUGAAAGAUAUAAUCUAUCUUGUCACUGUCAGAGACACUGUGAGUCAUUUGCACAUGUUUUAUUUUAGAAAAAUAUCAAAAAAAUGUAAAUUGUGAAGGAAAAUACUAACUUUUUUGCAGCUGUUUUAUUUUACAUAUUUAAUUCAUAUCGUGUCAGAGUUUGACCAAAUGUAUUGAUUGAUUCUCACAUGAACACUAUAUUGAGAUUUGUUUUGUUAAAUGUGAAUUAUGUUAACUUAUUUGAAUUAAACUUUAUCA